AUGGCGAGCUCGCACCAGAGGAGGCAGCACGGCCAGGGCAACAAAGGCCCUGAGCAGAUAGACGUGCUGCAGUGCUGCCACUGGUUUCUGCCCAGCCCCGUGUGUGGCAGACCUGUUGGCGCCCGGGAGGGUGUGGAGAGGAUACGGUGUUCGCACUCGUCCCCAUCUUAUUGCGUGCCACUGUCAGCGGGUCAGGUCACAGGACACCUCACCUUGCCCCUACUGUCAGUCACCCUCCUGGUGUCCUUUGGCUCCUCCAUGCUCUAUGGCUACAACCUGGCCGUGGUGAACUCGCCGGCGGUGCACAUAAAGGCUUUCUACAACGCCACAUGGUCCCGGCGGCAUGGGCACGGGCUGGCCCCCGGCCCCCUGACCCUCCUCUACUCCCUGACCGUCUCCGUCUUUGCACUGGGCGGGCUGGUGGGCUCCUUGCUGGUGGCGGUGCUGGUGGAGCGGUACGGCAGGAAAGGCACGCUGAGCCGCAGCGCUCUCCUCGUUCUGCUGGCUGGCGGCUUCAUGGGCUUCAGCCGGGAGCUGGGGUCCCCCGAGAUGGUAAUCAUCGGCCGCUCCAUCACAGGGCUCCACUCAGGUAUCUGUCUCAGCGUGGUGCCCCUCUACCUGGGAGAAAUUGCCCCCAAGAACCUGCGGGGUUUCCUGGGCCUCAUGCCCAGCAUCUUCAUCUGCCUGGGAGUUUUCUUCGCGCAGAUCCUGGGCCUCCCAGAGCUGCUGGGCCAGGACAGAUUCUGGCCCCUUUUCCUGUCAGUGGUGGUCAUUCCCGCCUCCCUCCAGCUCCUGCUGCUACACGGCUUCCCCGAGAGCCCGCGGUACCUGCUGAUAGAGAGGAACGAUGUCUCCGGGGCCACCGAGGCACUGCACCGGUUCCUGGGGACACCCGACGUGCAAGAUGUGAUCAAGGAGAUGAAGGAGGAGCAGCGGUCGCUCUCCUCUGUGGAGAUGGUGUCCGUCUGGCAGCUGCUGCGAGACCGCUCUGUCCGCUGGCAAACCCUCUCAGUGGUGGUGGUGAACGCCGGCAUGCAGCUAUCAGGGAUCGAUGCCAUCUGGUUUUACACCAACACUAUCUUCGAGAACACUGGGAUCCCCGUGUCCCAGAUCCCCUACACCACCGUGGGCACCGGCAUCAUCGAAGUUGUCUCGGGGCUCAUCGGGUGCUUCACCAUUGAGAAGUUGGGCCGGCGGCCCCUCAUCAUCACCGGCUUCUGUGCCAUGGGCAUCUGCUCCGCCGGCAUCACCCCCUCCCAGGACCACCAGUUUGGCCCAUGGGUCCUGCAGGGCUCCAGCCCUUUGGCUGUGGGGCUGAGACAGGCAGGACCCGUCGACCCCAGGGCCGGUGUCCCCUUCCUGAUGACAGCAGAGCUCUUCACACAGUCGCAUCGCCCGGCUGCCUACAUCGUGGGGGGGUCCCUCAACUGGCUCUGCAACUUCACCAUCGGCUUCGUCUUCCCCUUCUUGCAGUUGUCAGCUGGUGCCUUUUGCUACCUGGUUUUCUGUGGUGUCUGCCUGCUGGUGGCCCUGUACGUCUACCUCAUCGUCCCCGAGACCAAGAACAAAACCUUCAUGGAGAUCAGCCACAUCUUCGCCACCCACCGCUCCGCCUGCUCCAUCCCAGCCCACCUCAUUGGGAUGAGGAAGCUCCAUGGCUAUGGAGCCUUGGAAAGCCGCUCCCUGAAGGCCUUGGGCUCCAGCCUGCCCUGA